CAUGUUUGUGUUCGCUGAGUGGCGAGCGUGGCGAUUCUGAGGGAUUGGAGUUAGCGCGAUAAAAAGGAUUUUCUUGAGUUUUGUUAAGGAUUUUGACUUAUUCCUAUCUUGUUUUUGUGGUGAACUCUCAAAUCGUCCAAUAGCUCUCACUUGGAGCACCCUGCUCACGUAUCGUUGAUGAGUUAUAUCGCGCCAUUUGUGGUCGAUUUCUUUCAAGGCUGAAGGUGGAGUUUUUGGCACUCAUCACUGUGCCACUGGCGUGAAUGUCAUAUCAAAUAAAUAGACCUUUUGUGGACGCACUUCAGAUUGGUGAAGUGAAUCCAUUGGCUUCUCUGCCAUCCCCACCAGGCGUUCAGCUGGUGCCGAACCCAGAGAACCCAGCAGAGCUCAUCAUGAUCCCCAUCUUCAACAUGGGGAUGCGGCUGCCGCAGUACGUGCCGCACGACCAGGGCUACCGCGGCGCGCAGGACGACCGCGACUAUGAUCGCCGUCACCGGCACCGCGACUCGGACCGUCGCGACCACCGCGACCGGCGCGACCAUCGCGAACGGCGCAGCAGGGACCGCGACGAUGAUGAGUACGAGUACAGUGAGCGGCGCACUGUGUCCAUGUCCCGGCGGGAGCCGCGCAGCAGCCGAGACCGCUCCCGGGACCGGGACCGCGACCGGCCGCGCUCGCGGGACCGCGAGGACCGCGACUGGGACGAGCCGCGGCCGCCGCCGCCGCCGCGCGUCUGGGACAUGGAGCCGGACCCGCGCGAGCUCGAGCACGAGCGGCAGCUGCAGCUGGCGCAGCACCACGCAGCGGCCGCAGCUGCCGCGCACGCUGUGGCUGUCAGUAAUGCCCAGCAGCAGCUCUUCAUGCCUAACCUGAUGCCGCAGCCGUUCAUGGCGCCCAUCCUGCCGGCGCCCACCCCUCUGGACACAGCCACCCUGAUCAACAUGAACCUGGCGGCGGCGGCGCAGCUCCAGCAGGAGGCGGCCGCUGCACCCGAGCUGCUCUUCCGCAGUCAGCAGCCCAACAACACCGUCAUGAUCCGCGGACUGGCGCAGCAUGUCACCGAAAAUGACAUCCGGCAAGAGAUCCUGAACGUCAACCUGACACCGAAGGACAUCCGUCUGAUCCGAAAGAAGGACUCUGGUGCAUCGCGGGGUUUUGCUUUCGUCGAGUUUAGCACAGUGCAGGAGGCAGCUCGCUGGAUGGAACUCAAACAGGGACUGCUGGUGGUACAGGACCAGUACCGCGCCGUCAUGCAGUACAGCCUGCCCAAGGACGGUCUGCCGGCUGAACACCGACCUCUCCAGGACUGGUUCUGCGUCAAGUGCGGCGCGCACAACUUCAAGCGCCGCUGCCAGUGCUACAAGUGCGGCUCGGACCGUGCCGAGUCGGAGGCUGCGGCCGAGGGCAGUGACGAGGUCUCCCCGCACCCGACCAACACGCUGCUGCUGCGCGGCCUGGACCCGCUCAGCUCCGAGGAGACGGUGCUGUCCGGCCUCCAGCAGCGCACUCAGCUGCCGAUCCGCUCGGUGCGGCUGGGCCGCGAGCCGGUGACGGGCGCGUCGCGCGGCAUCUGUUACCUGGAGCUGGCCUCUGUGGUGGACGCCAUGCAGCUGAACCAGCAGCUGCAGGCCGAGCCGCUGGUGGUCGAGGGACGCUCGGCGGUGGUGAGCUACUGCCGACUGGCCGACCAGGCCGCCGGACAGCUGCCCGUCGAUACCAGCCGCAUGAGCAUCCUCGAGCUGGCUGAGUACUCGGCCAAACUGUACGCCAAAACGCCAGAGGAGUACGAGGCUUACCUCAAGUACUACGAGGACUACUACAAGACACAUGGCACCGGCGCGGCGCCCAGCAGCGACCAAAGCCAGUCAGACUCUGCCAACGCGGCGGCCGCCGUGGCGCAGACGGCCCUGCAGCGGGUGCAGAAGAAGGUGCCCGGAGCGCGCGAGCAGCCGACCGCACCGGCAGCGGCGCCCCAGCCGCAGCCCCAGGCGGCGCCGGCGGCUCCGUUUGAUGAGGACGCCACCUAUCCCACGCCGGACACGGCCUCGUUCCAGUACGACGAGACGUCGGGCUACUACUACGACGCCACUACGUCACUCUACUACGACGCCAACAGCCAGUACUUUUACAACCCGGCCAACCAGCGCUACCUCUACUGGGACGCAGCCAAGUCCAAAUACGUGCCAAUGCCGACCGAUGGCGAGGCGUCCGGAGCCGGCGGCAGCGGCAAGAAGAAGGAGGAUAAACAUGAAAAGGUCAAGGUGGCCAAGAAGAUUGCCAAGGACAUGGAACGGUGGGCCAAGUCGAUGAAGCGGAAGGAAGCACGCGCCACCGCCUCUCCCAUCAUCCCGAUCGGCGGCACGGCGCAGGAGCGGGCCGCGCGAGACGCCCGCUCGGCUGACAUCGGAUACGCCAUGUUCGAGAAGAGAGUGGGAGGAGAAAGCACACCGCAGACGGCGGCGGGAGCGGAGGCAGAGGCGGCGGCCAAUUCGAGUCUGGUGGCGGCGUACGGCGGUGAGAGCGGAGACGAGGAGGAAGCGCCCGAGCUGGACCCCACCCUGGUGGACGUCAACAAACUCGCCUGUCUGCUCUGCAAACGGGCGUUCGCCAGCCGCGAGCAGCUCAACAAACACCUGGAAAAGUCCGACCUUCACCGGAAAAACCUGGAGGAGCACCAGCGCGCUCAGGGCGGCGCCCCGGCCGGCGGCGGCCAGUACAGAGACCGGGCCGCCGAGCGGCGCAGCAAGUACGGCGAGCCGAACCAGGCGCCGCGCGCGCCGCACCGGCCGGCCGGACCGCCGCCGCCGGCCGCCGCCACCGCCUCGGCGCCGGCCCGGCCCGUCGGCGGCAUCGGAAACCGGAUGAUGCAGGCCAUGGGCUGGAAGGACGGCCAGGGCCUGGGCAAGAGCAACCAGGGCCGCACCAGCCUGGUGGAGGCGGAGCGGCGCGCCACCUCGGCCGGCCUCGGCAUGGCGGGCAGCACCACCGGCGCCGUGGCCGGCGACACGUACAAGGACUGUGUCAAGAAGACCAUGUUCGCCAGGUACAAAGAGAUGAACGAGGAGUGAGGGCCGUGCACCGCGUCUCACGCGUGUGUGCGGGCCAGACCCUCGUCGCUCACUGGAGAAAGCUGUGGUGUGAUGAAUUAUGACGUGUGAUGUGCGUUUCAUGAUGCGGUGUCUCUUGUUGGUUGAAUGUGUGAAGCGUGGGGAUGCGAUGUCGGUAUUUCACGUUAUUUGUCAUGGACGAUGUUAGUUGUGGACAGGAUUGGUUGGAUGUCUGGUUGAGGGCCGGCACAGCCGUAUCGUGCGGCCAAUAUGUUUGCGUGUGGGUGAUUUUGAUUGGCUUUGCUGUACGCCGAACGCUGCCGGACCCGGGUGUCUGGUGACGGGGCCCGAGGUGCUAAAUAGUGUGUCCCGCCCGCACGCUCCGCUCCCGGCCUCCGCGGUCCGUGAGGGUUGCUGAACAUGUGAUUUCAGCGCGCCUUUACUUGGCUUGACAUUUUUCCUGUGGCGAGUGCGUAUUUAGGUGGGCUUGGUGAUGAUAGCCUCCGUUACUAAAGACGCCAUUGAUCUGUUUUGUGGCGUUGUUGUGUAAAUAUAAGUAUUAAACGUG